AUGGCGUCUCUUUCGACUGCAAUUAUGUCUGAUCCCCGUGAGAGCAAUAUGGUGACCGGCGACAGCAAAGACUAUGAGUUGGAUUUUUGUGAAAGAACCCAGGCAUCAGGAGGAAAAGAAGGCGGGCCAUCAUCAAAUUCCGGUGGCCAUUUGUUUGAAGCUAGCGACCUCGCAAAUAGUCUCCAGACAAAAUUGCAGAUUGGAAAGCAAACCGCUUAUGAGGACUGGAGGUCAGGGGAAGGCCAGGAUUUCUCAAACGAAAGCUUUUGUGUGGAUAAGUAUGAUAUCCAGCCGGAAGAUAAAAGCCCUCUCGCCUACUAUAAGCGGACUCUAGAGGAACUACCCGAAAGGCGCUCUACGGACUCAGAAGCCACUACUAUAGUGGAUGAAGAGAGGAAACCAACGGGCAAUGUGUAUUUGGCCGAAGCGCCAAAAACACCCACAACUGGAGCAAAGCCAGCCCGCUCACAUCUCAUCAAAGAGCCGUAUGUGAAGCUACAAGAUAACAUAUUCCCAUCAUAUGGCGGCUUGACGGGACACUCAUUGCUCGAAAACGAUGCCGAACUUACCACUUUUUAUUAUAUCAAAGCUCUGGAAGUUUUGAUCAUCUUGAUUGGCUUUCACAUAAUUCGACUAGAGGAGAACAAACGACUCGAAACCUUGGCUGGCGAGCAGGAGCUUGCUUCUCAAGAAUGGGAAGCGGAAGCUGCCUCGCUCAAAGAAAAAACGAUCCAGAAAGAAGAGGAGUUGCAGGAGAGAGAUACCGAGAUUAAUCCCCUAGCGACUAGAGUGAUGGAGUUGCGUGCCCGCGUCAAAACUCCAGCUGAGGAAUCCACCCCAGCGAGAUCGAUUAAGUUCCCUGACCCCCCCUGGUUGUCGGAUGGAAAGGAACCACGCUUCGAUGAUUGGAUUAUCUUGAUGAACGCGAAGCUGAAAGCCAACCAGGAUCACUACAGCACACCCGAUCUCCAUAUGACAUAUGUCCAGAGUGGCACUGAAGGAAAGGCCCUGCAACAUCUAGUGUCUAGACAGCAGGCUAAGAGUGAGGGAUAUAAUGACGAAAGUGAGAUGCUGGAGCAUCUAAAGAGCAUCUACCAUGACCCCAAUCGAACCAUCAUCGCAAAGAACAAGUUCAGGAACUUGCAGAUAAAGAAAGACGACAAGUUUCACAUGUUUUUGUCGGAGUUUCUCUAUAUUGCCUCUGAAGCCGGAAUACACGAUGAAGACAUGAAGGAGGAACUCUACCAGAGGCUCCCACGUAAGUUGCAGGAGAUGACUGUUGCUAAAAGCACAAAGGAUACCUACUCUUUCGGCAAAUUUUCCGAAUAUUGCUCGACGAUGGCGAACAGCCUAGAGAUUAUGAACUACAAAGCGGCUGGGACCGAUUACGCACCGGACUGUAAUCCUGACGACGAUUCCCAUGAUCUGUAUGGCGCCUACAUGACGGAAGUAGUUGAUCCUAUAGGCCAGCUUGACGAGCCGUUUACCUGCCCCGAGCCGUUCAUCGUGACGAGUUGCUACCACUGUCAUCGAGCUUUCCCCUCUAACAACGAGCUCCAUAAUCACCUCGGUAAGUGUAUGGAUCGGUUUCUCGACGCCUACGCUGCGGACGCUGGUAUUCCCAACAAAGUCCAGGUUUACGAGUCCGACGUUAAGCCCGAUGUCGAUUCCGAUCGCCAUGUCGCGAAUAUUCGUUCUUGGAGAUGUACUACUGCUCGCGUCACGCUCGGUCAGCUUUCUGCUGAGCUGGAUCUCAAGGAGAUCUGCCUAGACACAGGCUGUUCGUCAACGAUCAUAGACGAGGUCUUUGCCAAGGCGAUCCUGAACAUGGCAAUCCGUGAUGUUAAGCCCCCGAUUACUGUGCGAGGCAUUGGCAAGGCGUCGUACAAGUCGACUAAAGCCGCUGUUUUUGACCUCUACUUCCCGAACUCCUACGGAGGCAAAAUAAGCAGUUUCGCCAAGAUGACGAUCGUCGCCUACCUCGUUCCUGAGCUCCGUCUGAAUACGUUGAUCGACUUCGCUACGGCAUACCAUAUCUCGUCGGCUUCAGUUCCCGAGGACCGUGAGUCCAAUUGGUCUGAUAUAGAGGAUUUCGAGCACGUUGAAAACGCCGAUAUCGACGGCCAUGUCGAGGUCGAGAACCUUGGUCAAUCACUUCCCGGUCGCCGUUAUCGCCAUCUAGCCGCAAAAGCGCUCAGGAAAGCAGCUAAAACUACCUCUAGUUUCGCCUACUGCCGAGCUGUCGAAAAGGCCUUGGCCCGCGCUUACUUGCUCGGUGACGAGUCCGACGUCUAUACCAAAGCAGCUUCCGACCAGACAGUCUUGCCUAACGGCGUGACCAUUUAUGGCAUCGAUCCUGACGUGAUCGAUCGUUUUCGCCAGGUCGUCGAGCGAUAUGAUGUCUGGGCCAGCCCUGAAGAAGCUUCGGGAACCGUUAACAUCCCUGAAGAUCAGUGGAUUCAAGUUCCGAUAAAAGAAGGCCAAGAGAUCUUUCAGGUCGCGAUAAUGGGUUUCGUCAACUCCGUGCCAUACGUUCAACGAAUUAUGGACAACAGCCUUGAAGACCUCUCUUUCUGCCGUGCCUACAUCGAUGAUAUCGUCAACGCCAGCAAGACCUUGGACGAAUAUAUCGAGCACUUUUCCAGCCUCUUUGAAAGGCUCGAGUCGAUGAACGUCAAGUUAGAGCCAAAGAAUGCUUUUCUCGGGUUCCCAUCAGUAACCUUGCUUGGCCAGCGAGUCGAUUCACUAGGUCUUUCUACUCCGGACGAGAAAAUGGCCGCUAUUCGCGAAUUGUCCUUUCCGAGUACCUUGACCGACCCUGAACACUACCUCGGCCUUACGGGCUACUUCCGGCAUUACAUUGCGAAAUACGCCUCAAUCAUGGAACCACUGCAAGCUCGGAAAACGGCAAUGCUCAAAGGCAACCCCAAGUCGGGCCAGGAAAGUAAGAACUGGUCCCGCAAGGCCCUGGAUAACCCUACCGAUCCCGAACGAGACGCAUUCGAUAAGUUCCAAGCUCGGUUUGUCGACCCCCUAUUCUUAUGUCAUUUCGAUCCCGAGCGUCAGUUGUACGUAGAUCUGGACGCAUUCCGAGAAGGUUACGGUAUCGUAGCUUACUAUGCCAAAGUCGGUUACGAGUAUACCGAUUUGUCGAAGCCGCCGUUGAGACGCGUAGUUGAGCCGAUCCUUUCCCUAAGCUGCACUCUUACCGCGGCGGAGCGAAACUACUCGCCAGCGGAGUUAGAAAUUUUUUGCCUAGUUUGGACUCUUAGGAAAAUACGUCAUUUGAACGAGUCAAGCAAGUUGAUCCCUGUUGUAUAUACGGAUCAUUCCUUAGCGGUCGAUAACGUAGUUGCCGAUACUCUUUCUCGGUUACCCGUUAAACGAUCCGUGGAGAACGGAUCCCGACAGGAUCUUGAUACGAUCGACAUCAGUACCGCUGAUGUUACGGGCUUUCGAGCUGUUUCUGAGGACCGUCCCGAGAGCUUUCUGAGCGUCCUUAACGAACUUAUGCUCGCUACGACCUUUUUGUCUCUACCUUCGAGCUUUCCGAGGACCUUAAACGGAGGAUUCGAGCCGCCUACCCUGACUACCCAAGGGCGAUCGGUAACUAACCGAUCAGCGCCCGAAACCUCCCGUACGUUAUGCAAGACGGAGCUUUUCCCGCUGGAUUGA